UGGACUCGCUUCUCUGAUUCAUUUCGCCUCUCUUCUCACCGCCGACGCAGAGAUGGCCAUCGUCAACGGCGCCGGCGCCGGCGGCCUCAUAGUGAGCUUCGGCGAGAUGCUCAUCGACUUCGUGCCGACCGAGUCCGGCGUCUCUCUGGCGGAGGCCACGGCGUUCCUGAAGGCCCCCGGCGGCGCGCCGGCUAACGUGGCCAUCGCCGUCACGCGCCUCGGGAGGCGGAGCGCCUUCGUGGGAAAGCUCGGGGACGACGAGUUCGGCCGCAUGCUCGCCGCCAUCCUCCGCGACAACGGCGUCUCCGACGCGGGCGUCGUCUUCGACUCCGGCGCACGCACCGCCUUGGCCUUUGUCACCCUCCGUGCCGACGGAGAGCGGGAGUUCAUGUUUUAUAGGAACCCUAGCGCGGACAUGCUGCUCACGGAGGCCGAGCUUAAUGUGGAUCUCAUCAGAAAAGCUUCAAUCUUUCACUAUGGAUCAAUUAGUUUGAUUUCGGAGCCAUGCCGAUCGGCUCAUCUUAAGGCUAUGGAGUUGGCCAAGAAUGCUGGCGCUCUCAUGUCCUUCGAUCCAAACCUCCGGUUGAUGCUCUGGCCGUCUCCGGAGGAAGCUCGCAAGCAGAUCCUCAGCAUCUGGAACCAGGCCGACAUUGCCAAGGUCAGCGAAGUUGAGCUCGCAUUCUUAACCGGCCAUGAUUCCGUUGAGGAUGAAGUUGCCAUGGAACUCUGGCACCCUAAUCUGAAGCUGCUGCUUGUAACCCUUGGGGACCAAGGAUGCAAGUACUACACCAAGGAUUUUCGAGGACUAGUUGGAUCAUUUGCCAUCGAGCAGGUGGAUUCAACAGGUGCAGGCGAUGCAUUUGUUGGUGGGCUGCUCCGAGGAAUUGAAGAAGACCGGUCGGCUUUGCAGGAUGAGAAGAAACUGAGGGAGGUGCUAAAGUUCGCCAAUGCAUGCGGCGCGAUCACUGCUACCAAAAAGGGGGCAAUCCCUUCAUUGCCAAAUGUAUCUGAAGUCAUGCAAUUCCUCAAGCAGGCAUAGCGCACGUAUUCCAUGUUUGUUAUUUACUCUAAUUUACAAGCUUGCUAUAUGCCUUUGGAAUUCACAUAGCUCUUGAUUCAGUAGUAGUUCUUUCUUGAAUGAUUCAAUAAUGUAGACUUGUGGCUAUCUACUUCAAAGUGGUUUUAGUUCUUUGCAUUGAAAUUGUACCUUGUUGUUUUUCUCAGGAAACCUUGUGCUAAAAUUCUACUGAAGCAGUGAGAUUUCGGUUUCAAUUUUUCA